AUGGAGGAGAAAAGUGGAAUUAGUCCAAGUGGGGUCAUCACAGUCAAGGGAGAUGAAGCUUUGGCAUCAAGAACAGAGUUUCAACAAAACCCUAGCUUUCUCCAAUUCGUAGCACCCACGACGGUGUUGUCUCCUCCUCCGCCUCCUCCGCCUCCGGCUCCACCAACCUCCGUGACUCCUGGCUCAUCCGCAGCAACAGCAGCGCCGCCGCCGCCGGCGUCGAUCUCAAGCGCAGGGUCAGAUCCGACGAAGAAGAAGAGAGGAAGGCCGAGGAAAUACGCUCCAGACGGAAGUGUAAACCCUAGAGCUUCAAGACCAGCUCUCUCUCCAACUCCAAUCUCAUCUUCGAUUCCAUUGUCUGGAGAUUAUCACCAUCAUCAUCACUCUAAUUGGAAACGAGGAAAAGCUCAGCAACAGCAAUAUCCUCUUGAGUUCGUCAAGAAAUACGAAAGCAGCCCAGCUCUUCCUACUCCUCCUGCUGGGCUCUCAUACUAUGUGGGUGCAAAUUUUACAACCCAUCAGUUUACUGUCAAUGCCGGUGAGGAUGUAACAAUGAAGGUUAUGCCGUAUUCGCAAGGAUCUAGAGCUAUCUGCAUUCUUUCUGCAACUGGUUCCAUCUCUAAUGUCACACUUCGUCAAGCUACCACUUCAGGCGGCACUCUUACAUAUGAGGGUCGAUUUGAGAUACUAUCGCUAUCAGGUUCCUUUAUGCCUACUGAAACCGGAGGAACAAAAGGUCGGUCCGGUGGCAUGAGCAUUUCUUUAGCCGGACCAAAUGGCAAAAUCAUCGGCGGUGUUCUUGCCGGUAUGCUGAUAGCAGCCGGUCCUGUCCAUGUGAUAAUGGGAAGCUUCAUUGUGAUGCAUCAAGCAGAACAAGCACAGAAGAAGAAACCUCGAGUCAUGGAGGCUUCUCCUCCGCCACAACCACCACACCAACAACCACCUCCUACUUUCACCAUAACCACCAUGAAUUCUGCUUCUCCUGCGGUGGCUACUGUAGAGGAGCCGAAACAACAAAGCUACGGUGGUGGUGGUGGAAUAGUGAGACCGAUGGCUCAAAUGCCUUCUUUCCACAACGACAAUUCAGCUAUGAACAAUUUCGCAACGAACUUUCAGGGGUACGGGAAUAUGAAUACGGGUACUAACAAAGAAGAAGAUGACUAUGACGAUGGUGGCGAUGAUGAUUCCGGCGAUACUAGGAGCCUAUCUCAUAGUGGUUGA